CGUUCGUUCGCGGCGUCGCGAAUCGCGAACCGCCACCGGAUGAUCUAUGAAUAGAUCCCCGAGAUCCUCCAGUGCCAUUUUGAUUCGGCGUCGGAUCGAUUGACACCGCACGCCGGGCUAAACACGUGCAAGCUCAUCGAGCGCCAGGCAUGGGACUGUCGUCGAUCGAGGUACCGGAAGUUGGACGCGUCGCGAUAGGAAACUCGCGACUCUCGCGAUGAUCGGUGUCACCUGACGAUUACUAUUGCCUCGAGGAUGAAGAAGACCAAGUCGUUGAUGGAGAUCGAGGACAUCUGCGGAUGCUCCGGGCUACCCUCGAUCGUCCCGCGAAAGGAACUGCCUCAUCUGAACUCAACUUCCGCCGCCUUCAUGCACGUACGCGACAACCUGGAGGAACUGGGCAAGGUGGCCGACGACACGGACCUGCUUUUCCUCAAGGGCCUCCUGGACAGCCCGGUCGUCACGUCUUUGGUGAAGGUCCAAGAACGUCUGGAGGAUCCUCCUCUCCACGUGGAACCGGUAUGCUCGUCCGUCUGUGACAUUGUCGACGAGGUUUGCCACGCUCUCCGCAACUCACGGGACGAAAACGCGCGCGAACUGUCGCGACUGUUGCGUUCCUCGCACCUGAAGGCGCUCCUGGAGACGCACGACGCCGUCGUCGAACGGAAGGAAACGCCGUCGAAGCCCCAACCGCCCCCGCUAACGAUGCCCACCAACGAAAGGACAGAGGCUGUCAGAAUGGUCGGUUUAAGAAGACAACCCGACGAACCUUUGGGUUUAACGGUGCAGGUCGACGAGUCUGGCAACUUGAUAAUCGCCAGGAUUCUAGGCGGCAGCACUGCAGCGCGCCAAGGACUCCUCAGGUCCGGCGAGGUGAUCCUCGAAGUGAACGGAAAGGACGUUCGCAAUCCUGAGGAGCUUCAGGAGGCCAUUCAAGAGGCGAAGGAGAACCUGACGCUCAAAUUGGCGCCUGGCAUAGCCAUCGACGCGAACCGUCCUUUGAAAUCUACGUGUUACAUGAGGGCGCUUUUCGACUACGAUCCGUCAGAAGACACCCUUCUGCCGUGCAGGGAGAUCGGAUUGCCCUUCCAAAAAGGGGACGUGCUGCAGAUCGUUGACCAAGCGGACCCAAACUGGUGGCAGGCUCGACGAGUGGAAGGUGAGGGCCUGGGUCCACCGGGCCUGAUCCCGUCCCUGGAGCUCGAGGAACGAAGAAAAGCGUUCGUGCCCCCGGAGGCGGACUUCGUCCACAAGAUCAGCAUCUGCGGCACCAGGAUAUCUAAAAAGAAAAAGAGGAAGAUGUAUCAGUCCAAGUCUAACGGGGAGUUCGAUGGCGCGGAGCUGCUUCUUUACGAAGAGGUGGCCAGGAUGCCGCCCUUCAGGCGCAAAACAUUGGCCCUUGUUGGCCCCAGAGGCGUGGGUCGCAGGACGCUGAAGAACAGACUGAUAAACAGCGAUCCUGACAAGUUUGGCACCAUCGUUCCAUACACAUCACGACCGCCCAGAGUGCUCGAAGAGGAUGGCAAGAGCUACUGGUUCACCGAUCGCGAGGGGAUGGAAACCGAUAUCAGAGAGCACCGGUAUCUCGAGUACGGAGAACACGUCGGCCAUUUGUACGGAACGAAAUUGGACUCCGUUCGCGAUCUGAUCAGAGCUGGGAAAAUGUGCGUGCUGGACUGUAGUCCAGCCGCUCUAAAAAUCCUUCACAACAGUACGGAGUUCAUGCCAUACGUAAUUUUCAUUGCCGCCCCGGGGAUGGAACAAUUAAAGUGUCUGUACGACCUUGGAAGAUCGACUGGGGCGAGCAGUCGAAAUUUAACGUUUGACCGCCAGAGUUCCAUCAGGUACAGCUCGAGGAGAGCCAGGACGCUGGAGUCCCUUGCAUCCUUGUACGAGGAGGACGAUCUGAAAUCAACGCUAGAGGAAUCCGCGGCCCUGCAGCGCGCCUACGAGAAAUACAUAGACCUGGUGAUCGUGAACGAGGACUUCGACAACACGUUCAGACAGGUGAUCGCCGCGUUGGACGCGUUGGCCACUGAACACCAAUGGGUCCCCGUGAACUGGAUCUACUAGACUCCUUGUCGACUCAACUGACCGGUCGAGGACUUCGACGAAACCCACCACGCCUCUGCCUGUCUUUUCAUCCUGCGUUUACUUUGUUUACUUAAAGAAGAAGUACAAAUCACCAUGUAUUUUUCUGAAAAACAUACCAACGAAAGCAACCAGGGAUUGGACCUUCAUGGAGAGUAGUCUUUAACCGACGAUCUACCCCCUGACACCACCACUGCCAGGGGGUUGUUGGGCCCCUAAAUAACUAGUAAUGAAGGAACGGAUCUUGGGAAGACCUACUCGACCAUAGGUGCAACGAUUGUAAGGAUAUUUUAUUACAUUAAGCUCCCCCCCUGGAACGCAACCCUUACUGAGGAUAAACUGUGAGAAGAUCACAUACUAUUGAGUCUAGACACCCUCGAUCAUGGAAAAUUAGCAAGGACCGCCAUGACAGUGAAAAGAGAAGGUAAAAGUGGACGUGCCCUGGUCGGGCGGUUGACUCGACAACGAUUUUAACCACGAUUUGGGUCGACUCGACGAGGAAGUGAUCGUAGAUAUCACGAACUGGAGCGGGAAACGAGCAAGCGAAUCAUUACUGCCCCGAGGAACACGCGACAGCGACCUUCGUAGCUCGUCGAGCUCAAUGUUGAGUGUAUCCUCGCCGCCAUUGUGUUUACUGCACUGCACUUCGUGCGAUGCAACUGUUUUAUGGUCGUACUAUAUGUAUAGAGAGUUUAGUGUGUUGUAUAUUGCCUCGAUUAAGUGUAUAGAUACUUUAAUUCAGUGGUUACGAUGGAUGGACGAGUCUAUUUUAAAAAAAAAAAGAGAAUCUUCACAGACUGUGUUCCUUUUCUUCCGUUCGAAGAAACGCACGGGCUACGAAGGUCGCCGAGGCUGCCCGGUGGCGACCUCUUCAUUCGUUUCUAGCAAGUACAAUCAUAGCAUUUACGUUAUUUUGUUUUAGGUUUACGACACGACCCGUUCCACCGUCAGAACCCGGUAAUUUUCUUCUCACCAGGGACAGGCAAAAUUGUAUUCGAAUAACAGAUAAAUAAAACCAACGUACAUAACAAUUUAAUCUGUAUCUGUUCGUUGCGAAAUGUUUCAUUCUAUAAUUGAUAUAUUCUUGAUAAUUAACGAAUACUCAUUUAUUUCUCGUUAUUCGACUUUUUAUCCGGAUACGAAUUUUGCCCAUCUCUACUCGUCACGUACCGUAAAUACUAUUUAUUGACGAGAAAAGUAUACGUCACAAUAUCAAAAUAAAAUUUGCCCGGCUCUAACCGUUUUUGAAACCGGAGCUCUGUCGAAUCAGACUUUAAAAAUGUAAAUAAUGGGUAGUCAACUCGAAAGUUAUGCAAUGGUUACAGACGGUCGACAUAACAUAAUUUUAUACAUUCCCCAGAGAAACUGAUAGACGUCGAAUGGGUCGAUAAGAGUAAGCAUUAGACCGCCGUCCAAUUAAUUUUAGGAUACGCCUAGUUUUCUAAUUUUCCUCGAAACCACGAGCCUGCAUACACUUAUGUGCGUUUAUUUACCGUAAGCGAUACUUUACUUCUUUUUAUAGAUACGUAAUAAAACAUUACGUACUCUGUACUUCAUGUACUGCUCGUGCACGCUGAACGUAUUCCUGGCAUAGAGUGCCUUAAACAGCGCAAUCCUUUAACCGAGGAGUUGCCACAAAGACCUACUAUGUCGACGACGAGAUUGUCUUAUUAUACACGAGAGUUUUUAUGUAAGAGACACGACGGAUAACACGGUUUUUUUCUAAUGCUCCGACCACGUAUGCACGCAGUAACGCACGUCAGUUGCGAGACAUUCUGUACACACAAUCGGUACGUUCCGAUCUUGUCGCGUCACAUACGUCAGAAUAAAGUUUAU